AUGCCACCCUCCGCCUCACCGUUUUUCCGUCCGAACAAACCACCUGCUCGCCAAUCGAUCAGGAUCGGCUCCAGAAAACCUUCCGUCAGGCGAAAUACCAGUAUUCUUCAGUUCUUCAACAAAGCGGAAACGCCGCCCAAGCCGGUUUCAUCACAGAACCGGAUCACGCAGUACAUCUCGCAGCGACGGAGUAGCACCUCUCGACCAUUGUCGCUCAACGAUUCUGUGAAUACAGAAGUGGAAGAGUUUGAGAGUCUGUUUGUUGAGGACGUUAGGGCAAGGGACAAUAACGGUGCUACGACGGACACGCAGGCGUUUUCUGACAGGGAAAGAUCAGCGUCUCCGGAUGGUUUCUGGGCAGGCACCGGAGCUGCGGAUAACGCCAUCUUAUAUGGCGCUGGAGAGGAUAGGUACCAUGAAAACGGUAAAGCUGUCAAGAAGCGCAAAGUGGGGUAUGACGGCUUCGAAUUGGAUCCCGGUGAAGUGAAUGGUACUAUAGAUCAGGACACAACCGUCCCGCAAGGAGACGCUACCUCGAAGGAUUCUGCAGGCGCUACUCCAGCGGGAAAACUUAGGUUUACGGGACCUUUUUUGAUUGACUCAGAUAGCGAGAGUGAACCCGGAUUUCUCGGCCAAUCUUCAAGACAGUCAGAAAUCGAAAAUCAACCGGACUUGGAAGUCGGAUAUCGCUUCUCAGCUGGAAACGAGUCCAUGAAAGUCAGUGAACCACGUCAAAGUGAGGAGGUCUCCGAGGAUUCCGAUGAAGACAGCAGGGGAAUGGGUUCGGAAUGCAGUGGCACCGAGGAGCCAAGUGAAUUUACUGAAUUAGCGGAGGCCAAUGCUUUCGGCCCUAUUGAAGAAUGUCCCGAUGACGAAGAGGUGGCGGUUUGCCCAAUAUGUCAAACUAGUCUCCGGGGUUUAACGGAUUCUGAGGCUUCCUUACACGUCAACCAAUGCCUCGAUGGGGACUCUGCCCCUCUGCCAAGGACGAUGAAGAGUGAAGUGACGAAGAAAGUGUCAAAGGCAUCUCUAUCAAGAGCAGAGCUCAAGGUUACGUCACGUCCUGGGCAGAGAAGCCCGUUUACGGUGAACUCGACGGUCACAACGUCGUCUUCCGCUUUCUCAAAGAUCAUGUCUGGCAACGCAGAGGAUGCAGCAUGGGCUGCAGCAGCCGCCAACGAAGUAGCUUCCAGGGGCAAACAGGCUUACGAAAGGACAUGUCCUUUUUACAAGAUCCUCCCAGGAUUCUCGAUUUGCGUGGAUGCUUUCCGUUAUGGCGCUGUCGAGGGUUGCAAUGCAUACUUUCUCAGCCAUUUUCAUAGUGAUCAUUACAUUGGGCUGAAUUCGAAUUGGUCUCACGGCCCUAUUUAUUGCAGUAAGGUCACCGGAAACCUUGUCCGCCAGCAGUUGAAAGUCAACCCAAAAUUCAUCGUUGAUCUUGAAUUUGAAAAGCCCUUCGAGGUUCCUGAGACGGGUGGGGUAAGGGUUACGAUGAUCCCUGCGAAUCAUUGUCCGGGUAGCUCUCUUUUUUUAUUUGAGAAGGUUUUUGGGCAAGGGAAAGCUCGGAGAUAUCAACGUGUCCUCCACUGUGGUGAUUUCAGAGCCUCUCCCGCCCAUAUCCAGCACCCAUUGAUAAGGCCUGAUGCCGUGGACCCGGUGACAGGGCAACCUAAGCAGCAACGCAUCGAUGUUUGCUACUUAGAUACCACGUAUCUCAACCCUAAAUAUGCCUUUCCGAGCCAGGAGGAUGUUGUCAACGCCUGUGCUCGGAUGUGUAUGAGCUUGAAUGAAAACAAACCUGGUCAUCACGAUAUUUGGAAACGCGGUAAGGCGAAUGGAGAAGAUCUCGAUGAGAAGGAUAACUCCGGCAACAAUGCCAAAGCCGGUGGGAAUCCCAAGCCACGGUUACUUGUUGUCAUUGGGACCUACAGUAUUGGCAAGGAGCGGAUCUGUCUAGGCAUAGCCAAAGCGUUAAAUUGCAAGAUCUUCGCAACGGCUGCAAAACAACGUAUAUGUGCCUGCCUUGAAGACCCCGAGCUAUCCAGCCUGCUCACCAGCGACCCCUUGGAGGCGCAAGUUCAUAUGCAUAGCUUAAUGGAGAUUCGUGUCGAUACGCUCUCCGAAUAUCUAUCCUCCUUCAAGCCCCACUUUACUCAUAUUGUCGGCUUUAGACCUACGGGGUGGAACUAUCGGCCGCCGGCUGGUCGAAUGAUCGAUAAUCCGUUGGUUUCAACCGUUCUCCGAUCUGAGUCGUGGAAGGCUCGUUUUACAGUCAAUGAUCUCGUUCCGCAGCGCGGUAGUAACAAGCAAAGCUCAUGUUUUGGGGUGCCUUAUAGUGAACAUAGUUCAUUCCGGGAAUUGACGAUGUUCUGCUGUGCCCUGAGGCUUGGAAAAGUUAUACCGACCGUGAAUGUGGGUAGUCGGAAGACGAGAGAAAAGAUGAAGCUUUGGGUUGAUAAAUGGGAAGCGGAGAAACGAAAAUCGGGCUUUUUUAAGCUGGAAGAGGGAGCAACUCGUUGGUGAUCGGCGUCUUUAAGUUUUGGAGAGUAUAGUGCCAUACGGGGCGUAU